AUGGCGCCGCCGGCGAGGUGGCUGCGGCGGGAGGUGUUCGUGGGGCUCGCGCUGGGCCAGUUCGUCUCGCUGUUCAUCACCUCCACCGGCUUUGCCUCCUCGGAGCUCGCUCGCCGAGGUGUCAAUGCACCUACAUCACAGUCAUUGCUGAAUUACAUCCUUCUUGCACUUGUUUAUGGUGGAACACUGCUAUACAAAAGGCAACAUAUGACGAUCAAAUGGUACUACUACUUGAUCCUAGGCGUCGUUGAUGUGGAAGCUAACUACAUCGUUGUGAAGGCUUAUCAGUACACGUCCUUGACCAGUGUGAUGCUCCUGGAUUGCUGGUCGAUUCCAUGUGUCAUUGUGCUCACUUGGAUCUUCCUGAAGACAAAAUAUGGGCUGAGAAAGUUCAUUGGUGUUGGAGUUUGCGUGGCUGGCCUUAUUUUGGUCGUAUUUUCUGAUGUGCAUGCUUCUGAUCGAGCAAAAGGACCCAACCCCUUGAAAGGUGAUUUGCUUGUCAUUGGCGGCUCCAUGCUUUACGCCAUCAGCAAUGUUACUGAGGAGUACUUUGUCAAGAAAAGCAACAGGGUUGAGGUGAUGGCAAUGCUAGGUGUUUUUGGAGCAAUUAUAAGUGGUAUACAAAUAAGCAUACUUGAGCAAAAAGAGCUCAGAUCGACUCACUGGACUGCUGGUGCGAUUCUUCCCUUCAUAGGGUUUGCAUUGGCAAUGUUCUUGUUCUACUCAACGGUACCAAUUAUACUCAAGAUAUGUGGUGCAACCAUGCUUAAUCUCUCACUACUGACCUCAGACAUGUGGGCUGUUCUAAUCCGUAUUUUUGCUUACCAUGAGAAGGUUGAUUGGAUGUACUUCGUUGCUUUUGCUGGCACAGCAACUGGCCUUGUCAUCUACUCAUACAGGGGCUCAAAGCAGAUUUCCGAAGAGACAGCACAGGAUACACAGGCCAUGGAUGAGGAGGCUGCAACGGCAAACAGCACAGCACAAGUUCCUGGUGUCGGAGAUGAUGGGCCAGCCUCCAACAAGGACUUUUCAGUAGCUGCCACUGCUUCAAGGUAG